CCUCAUGUCUGUUUCCAGUUUUAAAAUUAUUUUUUUAAUUUUCUAGGAAAAGAACCGAGCUGCCUAUAAACUGUACACUCCACCGUACAUCCUAGCACCUAUGAGAGGCAAACAGGAGCCAGCGGACGCCUUCAGCAAAGGCGCUCAGGAACAAGCUUCCGUCCUUUACCUUAGCUACUGUCUCUCCGAGGACCAGAGUUGGUUGUUGGCAGUCGCUACCGAUGAAAAGGGUGAAAUAUUUGAAACCAUCACCAUCAACGUUGAUAUUCCCAAUCGAAGCAGAAGGAAAAAGGCGUCGGCAAGAAGAAUUGGCUUAGAGAAAUUGAUGAACUUUAUUUUGGGAGUUAUGUCACAGAGUGUGCGACCAUGGAGGCUAGUUGUCGGCAGGCUGGGAAGAAUAGGUCAUGGGGAACUAAAAGGUUGGAGUUGGUUACUCAGUCGAAAAAAUCUACUAAAGGCUUCGAAAAACCUUAAAGAGAUCUGUAAUCAAUGUUCAAUGAUGUACCCAAGUUCAGUUCCGUGUAUUCUAAGCGCCUGUCUAGUCAGUCUUGAACCGGAUUCCGUUCUUAGGCUGAUGCCUGAUCAGUUUACCCCAGAUGAACGAUUCAGUCAGGUUUCUGUCAACUCGCAGCUCUCUACUCCACAAGAUGUUAGUUGUACGCACAUCCUGGUAUUUCCCACCAGUGCUACCACUCAGUCUUCUCAAACUGCCUUCCAAGAACAGCACAUCACUGCCGAGUUUGGCGACGACGAAUUAUUCAGCCCAUUCGAUGACGAAAUGCCCGAAGGCAUUGACGGCAUGAACGAUUUUAACGACAUUUUUAAUUGGACAGAAAUCGUUCCAGGCGGCGGUCAGAGCCCACCUGGAAGCCCACGGAGAGAAGAAGGUGGUGCCGGUAGUCCUAAUGGUGGUACUAAUGUAGGCAGAGAAGGUACACCAAUGAUCGGUGGAAUGAAUUCUAAAGGCAUUGAACCGAGUGAAGAAGUCGGUGUGGUCUUACAACAACCGCUUGCAUUAGGAUAUUUCGUAUCGACAGCUCCAACUGGUAAGAUGCCUCGGUGGUUCUGGUCAUCGUGUCCUCAUUUAGAAGGAGUGUGUCCGGCAUUCUUGAAAAACGCAUUACACUUACACAGCCCCAAUAUCCAACAGAACUCUGAUGAUUUGUUGCAACAAUCUGCGGUGACAUCUCAUCCGCUGGAUUCUCAAUAUACCACAGAUGUUCUAAGAUACGUCCUAGAGGGCUACAAUGCUUUGUCUUGGCUGGCGUUGGAUUCAAACACCAAAGACCGGCUAUCUUGCUUACCAGUUCAUAUGCAGGUCUUAGUUCAAUUGUAUAACACUGCGGCGGCACUCCUGUAAAACACUGACCAAGUACUUAUAUUUUUCACUAUUUAAAAAUAAAAGCGUAACAUUUUUUAUGUAACAAUUUCAGUUAAAAGAUAAACUUCAAUAGAACGUACUACAAAACUGGAAUAUCU